CUGGCGGCGGUGGACGCGUCGGAGGCCGGGCGGUCAGGAGUUCACUUUCUAUGGCAUGAAUACUGAGCUGCCCAGUGCCGUGCUGUGCUAGCAGGACUCUUCCAAGCAGGAAUGAUGGCGGCAGCAGCGGCUUCUCACUUGAACCUGGAUGCCCUUCGGGAAGUGCUGGAAUGCCCGAUUUGCAUGGAGUCCUUCACAGAAGAGCAGCUCCGGCCUAAGCUCCUGCACUGCGGCCAUACCAUCUGCCGCCAGUGCCUGGAGAAGCUCCUGGCCAGCAGCAUCAAUGGUGUCCGCUGCCCCUUUUGCAGCAAGAUUACCCGCAUAACCAGCCUGAGCCAGCUGACGGACAACCUAACAGUGCUGAAGAUCAUAGACACAGCUGGGCUCAGCGAGGCUGUGGGGCUGCUCAUGUGCCGGGCGUGUGGGCGGCGGCUGCCCCGGCAGUUUUGCCGGAGCUGUGGCUUGGUGUUGUGUGAGCCCUGCCGGGAAGCAGACCACCAACCCCCUGGCCACAGUACACUUCCUGUCAAAGAGGCAGCUGAAGAGCGCCGUAGAGACUUUGGAGAGAAGUUAGCCCGUCUGCGGGAGCUCAUGGAAGAGCUGCAGCGGCGGAAAGUAGCCUUAGAAGGUGUGUCCAAAGACCUACAGGCAAGAUAUAAAGCUGUUCUCCAGGAGUAUGGGCAUGAGGAACGUCGGGUCCAGGAUGAGCUGGCCCGCUCCCGGAAGUUUUUCACUGGCUCUUUGGCUGAAGUUGAGAAGUCCAAUACCCAAGUGGUAGAAGAACAGAGUUACCUACUUAACAUUGCAGAGGUACAGGCAGUGUCCCGCUGUGACUACUUCCUGGCCAAGAUCAAGCAGGCAGACGUGGCACUCCUGGAGGAGACAGCUGAUGAGGAAGAGCCCGAGCUCACUGCCAGCUUGCCCCGGGAGCUCACCCUGCAAGAUGUGGAGCUCCUGAAAGUGGGACAUGUUGGCCCCCUCCAAAUCGGGCAGGCAGUGAAGAAGCCCCGAACGGUUAACAUGGAAGACUCCUGGGCCAUGGAGGCUGCAGCUUCUGCUGCCUCUACUUCCGUUACAUUUAGAGAGAUGGACAUGAGCCCUGAGGAAAUGGUUGGCAGCCCUAAGGCCUCUCCUGCUAAAACCCGGGGUCCUGAGACCGCUGCCAACAUCCAGCAGUGUCUCUUUCUCAAGAAGAUGGGGGCCAAAGGCAGCACUCCAGGCAUGUUCAAUCUUCCAGUGAGCCUAUAUGUGACCAGUCAAGGUGAGGUGCUGGUUGCAGACCGUGGUAACUACCGCAUACAAGUCUUCACUCGCAAAGGCUUUUUGAAGGAGAUCCGCCGCAGCCCCAGUGGCAUCGAUGGCUUUGUGCUAAGCUUCCUUGGGGCUGAUUUGCCCAAUCUCACUCCUCUCUCUGUGGCCAUGAACUGCCAUGGGCUGAUCGGUGUAACUGACAGCUAUGACAACUCCCUCAAGGUGUAUACCUUGGAUGGCCACUGUGUGGCCUGUCACAGAAGCCAGCUGAGCAAGCCAUGGGGUAUCACAGCUCUGCCAUCUGGCCAGUUUGUGGUAACUGAUGUAGAAGGGGGAAAGCUUUGGUGUUUCACUGUUGACCGAGCAGCAGGCGUGGUCAAAUACAGCUGCUUGUGCAGUGCUGUGCGGCCCAAGUUUGUCACCUGUGACGCUGAAGGAACCGUCUACUUCACCCAGGGCUUGGGCCUCAAUCUUGAGAAUCGGCAGAAUGAACACCAUCUGGAGGGUGGCUUCUCCAUCGGCUCUGUGGGUCCUGAUGGCCAGCUGGGUCGCCAGAUUAGCCACUUCUUCUCGGAGAAUGAGGACUUCCGCUGCAUUGCUGGCAUGUGUGUGGAUGCUCGUGGUGACCUCAUUGUGGCUGACAGCAGUCGCAAAGAAAUUCUCCAUUUUCCUAAGGGUGGGGGCUUUAGUGUCCUGAUUCGAGAGGGGCUCAUAUGUCCCGUGGGCAUUGCCCUCACACCUAAGGGGCAGCUGCUGGUCUUGGAUUGUUGGGAUCAUUGUAUCAAGAUCUACAGCUACCAUCUGAGACGCUAUUCCACCCCCUAAGGUAGAAGUAAUACCCUUCCACCCCACUUCACCCCUGCUAGCCAGCUUCCCUUCCUUUAGACCUUGAUUUAUGGUGGCACUAUAAAGUGAACUCAGUCUGUGUCUUAAUUCCAGUUGGGUAGUCCUAGAAUUUUAGUGGCCCUAGUGUUGUUUAUUUGUUAUGCCCCCUUCCCUUCCAUUCCACCCCCACCUAUACUUAGAGCUUUGAUAAAUGCAUUGUCCCAAAUAAGACACAUGAUGAUGUUAGCUAAAGUUUGAGUAGAAAUUAGGCACUUCCAAAGUUUCGAUAGAAACACCCACUCUAGCCUCUUGACCCUGUAUCUGAAAUGUGCCCUUGUAUUGAAAACCUGCAGAUUUUCCCCUUUCGGCUUUGAUAUUCCUGGUAUAUUGUUUCUGUCCUCUAAAAAUGUACUUUAUCUAUGACACUUUGUCUUCAACUCCAGUUGCAUUCAAUGUGCAUGCUCCGACGGGAUUUGCUCCAGUGUUAGUGGUAUUUCAGAAAUCAUAUCCUGUAGAAUGAUUCUUCAGAUCAGAUUACCUUUGCCACUGUAAUAGCUCAUCCGUUUAGUGCCACCAAGGGAGGUAAAACCAUACUCCAUGGCUGAGGAUUGUGUCAACUUGGAUUAGUCUCUCCUUGCAGAUGUAACAAACAGCAGAUUAAUCCUAGUUAGCUCUUCUUGAGGACUUCUUGCCUUCUAAAGGACAUACGGAUUGGAAAUAUGUGAAGGCAUAGAAAGCUGGCAAUAAGCAACUGUGGAUGGUGAUACAGAGAGCAAACUUGGGUAGUUUCUAGGUCACAUCAUUUUUCAUCUACCUCUCUCCAGUAACCUGGGUAAGACUUGUCUUCAGAAUUGUAAAGCACAGACCAGGGCCAAAAAAGUGGGGAGGUCAACACAUUUCAUUUUCAUUAUUAAAACUAUAUACAUGUUCUGUGAUUAGUCUGUAUUUUCCUCCAGUAAUUGCAUAUUAUUUGAUUUCAGGAUUGAUUUCUGUUCAUCUAUAAAGCAUUAAAUCAUUAAUAACUUUU